CGCAGAGCUUGUUCAAAGGGCCUUAUUUAGGUUGCGCAGGCGCCUGCUGUUCAUUUCUUCUCAGCCACGCUGAAGUCUUGUGUGUAGUUUGUUUCGACGCCAGGACCGACUAGGUGACGAUGAUGUUGGGCACCGAAGGCGGAGAGGGAUUCGUGGUGAAGGUCCGGGGCUUGCCUUGGUCUUGCUCGGCAGACGAAGUGCAGCGCUUUUUUUCUGACUGCAAAAUUCAAAAUGGGGCUCAAGGUAUUCGUUUCAUCUACACCAGAGAAGGCAGACCGAGUGGCGAGGCUUUUGUUGAACUUGAAUCAGAAGAUGAAGUCAAAUUGGCCCUGAAAAAAGACAGAGAGACUAUGGGACACAGAUAUGUUGAAGUAUUCAAGUCAAACAACGUUGAAAUGGAUUGGGUGUUGAAGCAUACUGGUCCAAAUAGUCCUGACACGGCCAAUGAUGGCUUUGUACGGCUUAGAGGACUCCCCUUUGGAUGUAGCAAGGAAGAAAUUGUUCAGUUCUUUUCAGGGUUGGAAAUCGUGCCAAAUGGGAUAACAUUGCCGGUGGACUUCCAGGGGAGGAGUACGGGGGAGGCCUUCGUGCAGUUUGCUUCACAGGAAAUAGCUGAAAAGGCUCUAAAGAAACACAAGGAAAGAAUAGGGCACAGGUAUAUCGAAAUCUUUAAGAGCAGUCGUGCUGAAGUUAGAACUCACUAUGAUCCACCACGGAAGCUUAUGGCCAUGCAGCGGCCAGGUCCCUAUGACAGACCUGGGGCUGGCAGAGGAUAUAACAGCAUUGGCAGAGGAGCUGGCUUUGAAAGGAUGAGACGUGGUGCUUAUGGUGGAGGUUAUGGAGGCUAUGAUGAUUAUAAUGGCUAUAAUGAUGGCUAUGGAUUUGGGUCAGAUAGAUUUGGAAGAGACCUCAAUUACUGUUUUUCAGGAAUGUCUGACCAUAGAUACGGAGAUGGUGGGUCUACUUUCCAGAGCACAACAGGACACUGUGUACACAUGCGAGGAUUACCUUACAGAGCUACUGAGAAUGACAUUUAUAAUUUUUUUUCACCACUCAACCCUGUGAGAGUACAUAUUGAAAUUGGUCCUGACGGCAGAGUAACCGGUGAGGCAGAUGUUGAGUUUGCAACUCACGAAGAUGCUGUGGCAGCUAUGUCAAAAGACAAAGCUAAUAUGCAACACAGAUAUGUAGAACUCUUCUUGAAUUCUACAGCAGGAGCAAGCGGUGGUGCUUACGAACACAGAUAUGUAGAACUCUUCUUGAAUUCUACAGCAGGAGCAAGCGGUGGUGCUUAUGGUAGCCAAAUGAUGGGAGGCAUGGGCUUGUCAAACCAGUCCAGUUAUGGUGGCCCAGCCAGCCAGCAGCUGAGUGGUGGUUAUGGAGGCGGCUAUGGUGGCCAGAGCAGCAUGAGUGGAUAUGGCAGCCAAGGAGCAGUGAACAGCAGCUACUACAGUAGCGGAAGCCGAGCAUCUAUGGGAGUGAACGGAAUGGGAGGGAUGUCUAGCAUGUCCAGUAUGAGUGGUGGAUGGGGAAUGUAAUUGAUCCUGAUCACUGACUCUUGGUCAACAUUUUUUAAAGAAAAAAGUUUAACAGUUUUGCAGUACAAACUUGUGACUUGCGCUUAUUCUAAGUGGAAAUCUGGAUUGUUUCGAAGACUUAAAAGUUCAGUAUUUUUGAACACAACGGUCACCCAGAAUGUAACAACAAAUUUGAGUGUGAACAAUACUGUUAAACAAUUUUCAGCUUUUCUCAAGUUAGUUAUACUGUAGGAUGUACUUAAGCAGUAAGUGUAUUUAGGUUAAAACAGUUGAAUUAUGUUAAAUGUUGCUCUUACACAAUAUUAUAUUGAACACUGUUUGGAUGCAUGUUGAAAGACAUGCUUUUUUUGUAAAACUCACGAUAGGAGCUGUGUCUACAAUUAAAAGUGAAACAUUUGGCAUGUUUGUUAAUUCUAGUUUCAUUUAAUAACCUCUAAGGCACGUAAGUUUAAGCUUUUCUUUUUCUUUUUUUUUUUUAAGUUAAUGGGGAAAAUCUGAGACAAAAUACCAAUCCAUAGGGAUUUUGGUCUUGGUGUUUGUAUGAAAUUUUGAGGCCUUGAUUUAAAUCUUUUCAUUGUAUUGUGAUUUCAUUUUUAGGUGUAUUGCGCUAAGUGAAACUUGUCAAAUAAAUCUUCCUUUUAAAAACU